UCAAACAUGGCGGCGGCGGUGUGAAGACCGGUGCUGGCUCGCGGGACCUGUGUGACAGAAUUUCGACCUUUUCGCCGACGAGACUCGAGGUGUGAAGCGACUCCGGGCUCCGUGAAGACCAGAGAGGCGGAGUUUUUGCGUUCUGGGCUCUGGCUGUUUUCCGCAGAAGGAAAGCACACCAGAGAGAGAUACCAUGGGGCAAACAGUGAAAGAAGACUCAAUGGGUGUAAAGAAGGAGAAUCAAGAGAGAGCUCCUCAAUCAGGCACAUCUGUACAAAAUGAUAAUUUUCAAUGGGAAAAAUACUUGGAAGAGACUGGAUCUUUAAGUGCUCCUUCAGAGUAUUUCAGACAGUCUAAGAUUCCACCAGCUAAUGACUUCAAAGUUGGCAUGAAGUUGGAAGCCCAUGACCCUCGCAAUACGACUUCAGUAUGUAUUGCUACAGUUGUUGGAGUUACAGGUGCCAGGCUGCGUUUAAGAUUGGAUGGUAGUGAUAACCAAAAUGACUUUUGGCGGCUGGUUGAUUCUCCAGACAUACAGCCUGUUGGGACAUGUGAAAAGGAAGGGGACUUACUUCAGCCUCCACUGGGGUACCAGAUGAACACAUCAUCUUGGCCAAUGUUCCUCUUGCGAACACUGACUGGAUCUGAAAUGGCACCUGAAGCAUUCUUUAAGAAGGAACCACCAAAGCCACCUCUAAAUAAUUUUAAAGUGGGAAUGAAACUUGAAGCUGUAGACAGAAAGAACCCUUAUCUGAUCUGCCCUGCAACUAUUGGAAAUGUUAAAGGAGAUGAAGUUUAUAUCACAUUUGAUGGCUGGAGCGGAGCUUUCAAUUAUUGGUGCAAGUAUGAUUGUCGAGAUAUUUUCCCAGUUGGGUGGUGUAACCUGACAGGAGAUACAUUACAACCACUAGGAAGUAAUGGUAAGAUAAUAACUAACUAA